AUGCUUCGCUCCUCCCCUGACUUCUUCCCGCAAUCUUCCCAGGAGCUUGGUGGCCAUGGCAAAGUGGAUUCUGCUCAUUGUGGCUCUCCUGGUCCUGAGUCAUGUACCACCAGGAAGCACUGAAUUCAAACGGUGCUGGAACGGCCAAGGAGCCUGCCGGACUUUCUGCACAAGGCAAGAGACCUUCAUGCACCUGUGUCCGGAUGCUUCUCUGUGUUGCCUGUCCUAUUCUUUCAAGCCUUCACGCCCCUCAAGGGUUGGAGAUGUGUAGCUUGCUCUAGAGUUGAUGCCAUCACUGCCCAAUAAAAUUCAUGUCAUCAGCUC